UGGCAGGUAAACGGAAAUUGAUUGUUCUAGGAAGCAGUACGGUUAGUUUUUUCCGAUUCUUCCGGCACAAGACAGAACAACAACCCUUCUCGAUCAAGGCUCAACAAUGGCUUCCUACGGUUACGGCGGUAGAGAAUCUUUCUCCCCUUCAGCUCCGCCCUUACCCGCCGCCACUGACGAGCCCCAGCUUUCUCACCCAUAUCAUCCCGCACCUUCUACCUCGUCCCUCCACCCCCCGACAAAUUACUCCGUUCCCAGCUAUGCUCCGACAACUUAUUCCGUUCCCAGCUAUGCUCCUCCUCCUCCUUCAUCUCAGCCUCAUCUUCAAAGUAGCAGCAGUUAUGGACCGAGUCCAUCCUAUGGGUACGACUCGCAUAUUGCUUUUCCUCGGGGCACUCAUCCGGAUGUCAUACGGAGCUUCCAAAUGGUGGAUUCGGACCGUAGCGGUUUCGUUGAAGACAAGGAGCUCCAACAGGCCCUCGCUUCGGGUUACCAAAAGUUCAGUCUCAGGACAGUCCGUUUGCUCAUUUUUCUCUUUAAGAACCCAAAUGAAUCUUCUCUCAGAAUUGGGCCCAAGGAGUUUGCAGCUCUGUGGAGUUAUCUGGGGCAAUGGAGGGAAACCUUUGAGAGGUUCGACAGAGAUAGGAGUGGGAGAAUUGAUGGAAGAGAACUAAGAGAUGCUCUCUACAGUCUUGGGUAUUUGGUGCCUUCUCCCGUCCUUCAACUUCUGGUUUCCAAAUACGAUGGCGACAGUGCUGGGCUGGAAUUUGAUAGUUUUGUUGAAUGUGGGAUGAUUUUUAAGAUUAAGUCUGUAUGCAAGGUUAUCAUACCCAAAGCAGCGUACUGGAAAUGUGCACUAUUAAUAUGCGGAGUAGGGAAGAAAUGUCCCAGGCCUGUAUGAAAGGGUUUGACAGAGAAGUUUAAAGAGAAGGAUGUGGGGUAUACAGGGUCUGCUAAGUUGAGUUAUGAUGAGUUCCUGUCAAUGGUCAUCCCUUUUCUCGUGUCAUACUAGGAACAGAAGGACGAGGACUGAAGUAACCACACUCUCAAGGAAAGGUUUGAAUCUUGACAUCUUGUCAAUGGAUAGCAUUUUUUCAUGCCACUUCUCUUUGCCUUCAACUUUCAUGUAUCAAGAAGGAAAAAGAACGCUUGAAAUGCUCCUUAAAAAAAACGCUUGAUAUGUUUGAAUGAAAAAAUGGAAUUUGUAUGUGAUUUAACUUAUUGAGUGAUAUACGAACUUAAAGGCUAAUUUGAACCCUUACUAUUCACUA